AGUUGUUGUUAAAUUUUGCCAUUUUCUAUCUACUUUCCUUAUAUUUCAGUUGUCGUUGUUGUGUUGUGUUGUUUUCGUUAAUAUGAGCUUUUUGAUAUUUACUCUCAAGUUUUAGGUUUAUCGAAGUUCGCCAAACUGGCGCGUUCGGUGACUCGCAGCCGUCAAUUCAGCGCACAUCUGCCAACACUGAAGGAUCCAACGAAACAAUCCAAUCUGGCGCAUAUGAUGUCACUCAGCGCCGAUAUUAUGCCACAAUACAGACAAGAAGCGCCUAAAACGCCGCCACACAUUCUUUUGCAUUAUUGUGCAUUUAAAGCAAUUUGGGAUUGGGUGAUAUUGUGUUUAACAUUUUAUACAGCCAUUAUGGUGCCGUACAAUGUAGCUUUUAAAAAUAAAACUUCAGAAGACGUUUCACUACUCGUUGUCGAUUCCAUAGUAGAUGUUAUAUUCUUUAUAGAUAUCGUUUUAAAUUUUCACACAACGUUCGUCGGUCCCGGCGGCGAGGUGGUCAGCGAUCCCAAAGUGAUCCGCAUGAACUAUCUAAAGUCCUGGUUCAUCAUCGAUCUGCUCAGCUGCCUGCCAUACGAUGUCUUCAAUGCCUUCGAUCGGGACGAGGAUGGGAUCGGUUCGCUUUUUAGUGCGCUGAAAGUGGUGCGACUGCUGCGACUGGGGCGUGUGGUGCGCAAACUGGAUCGCUAUCUGGAAUAUGGCGCCGCCAUGCUCAUACUGCUGCUCUGCUUCUAUAUGCUGGUGGCGCAUUGGCUGGCCUGCAUCUGGUACUCGAUCGGACGCAGCGAUGCCGAUAAUGGAAUACAGUACAGCUGGCUGUGGAAGCUGGCGAACGUUACCCAAUCGCCGUACUCGUACAUCUGGAGCAACGACACCGGACCGGAACUGAUAAAUGGUCCGUCGCGCAAGAGUAUGUAUGUGACGGCGCUGUACUUCACCAUGACCUGCAUGACAUCGGUGGGCUUUGGCAAUGUGGCCGCCGAGACGGACAACGAGAAGGUGUUCACCAUCUGCAUGAUGAUUAUUGCAGGUGCGGUGUCCGACACGUUCCGUUGCCGCGUCCAAUUUCGCUAAACGAAACGAAAUUGCGCAACGCUUCGUAAGAGACGUAAACGCAAAACGGUAGCUAGGCAAAUGUGUGCGCCCCGAGCAAGAGAAAGAAAAUUACAAAAAAAUGGAAACAAAUGAAAUUAAAAUUUAAAACUAAAAUUAAAAAAUUUUAAUAACUGCAGAGAAUAGAAGUAAAAUAUUAAAAAGCUGCAUAUGAAAAUAUUGUUGAAUUGAGCACAGAACCCAAAACUGAAA